AGCUAAUGUGGGUUUGUCAAAUGGAAGUUUGUAGCUACUGACUGAACAAAUGUCAAAUGUUUGGGCAUGUGUGUUAGUGUGUGCUGAUGACUAUGAGUUUCUAGAUUGUGCGUGUGAUUGUGUGUCGAUUGUGUGAUCGUGUGAUUUUCACCUGCUGCAUUCCCACAUGCGCACACACCCCCACACACGUAUAUAUUGUGAAAACAGUCACCCUCAGAGGUUUCUGUCACUCUGAGUUAUUCAUACACAAACAUCAUGACUGGAAGAAUAGCUUUCCUGGGACUCCUGCUUAUUUGCGUGGCUGCAGAUGCCGAGCAGAUGUCUGGACAAAUGAGAAAGCCUUUUUGUCCCGACCAGGGAAACAUUUUGGCUUGCCCUCUGAACCUUGCUCCCUUGUGUGGCAGCGAUGGAAACACUUAUGCCAACGAGUGUACCCUGUGUUUCCAGAGACAACUAACCAAGAUGGACAUUUUGAUCGUCAAGGAGGAGAGCUGCUGAACUGCGCAGGAGGUGAUGUCACAGCCAGGUGACCAAUCAGGAUCCGACUAUUUGUCCAACAUGAAAUCUUUGAAAUAACAUCUGGAUCCCGAGUGUCCUAAAUGUUUUUGUCUAAUUGCCAUGAGCAAUA